GAAAUCUUGUAAAGCAUGAUAUGAUCUAGAGCAAUAUCAAAAUAAUUUUACCAUGACAAGUUUAAUACAUCAGAGGUUAUGUGUGCAUGCCUAUAGCCAAUCUUUAUAUCGAUUUUCUCAAUGUUUGUCCACAUCUUCUUGGGCCAAUGUGCCGAAAGUUUGUGUCAUAGGCACUGGUCCUGCCGGCUUCUACACAGCAAUGAAACUCGUCAAAGACCACCCCAGUGUAUGUGUUGACAUGUAUGAGAAGCUUGCUGUCCCUUAUGGUCUGGUGCGCUAUGGAGUUGCACCUGAUCAUCCAGAAGUCAAGAACUGCAUAAACCAGUUCACAUCUGUGGCCAAUAAGGAUCGCUGUUCUUUUCUUGGCAAUGUUACCAUUGGAAAAGAUGUUACAGUUCCAGAACUGAGGAAUAAUUAUGAUGCUGUUGUGGUUGCAAGUGGUGCAUGGGAAGACAGGAAGCUCAACAUAGCUGGCGAGGAAGAGGUGAUAUCAGCACGACGAUUGGUUGGCUGGUACAAUGGUCUACCCCAGGACAGCUGGCUUAAGCCUGCCCUCCACAAAACUGAGCACGCUGUGGUCAUUGGCCAAGGCAAUGUUGCGCUAGAUGUGGCCAGAAUACUCUUGUCUCCAAUAGAUCGACUUAAAAAUUUGGACAUCCCAGAAGCUGUUUUGUCUCAGCUGAGUAAGAGCAAAGUACGACGUGUUACGCUUAUUGGGAGGCGAGGACCUCAACACGUUGCUUUUACUGUCAAAGAGCUCAGGGAAAUGACCAAACUUGACGGCUUAACUUAUGAUAUUUUAAGAAAAGACUGUGAGAACCUCCCUGAUAUUAUCAAAAAUGCUGACCGGUCCAGGCGACGUUUGUUAGAGUUGGUGCACCAGUGCAGUGAGAACGCCCAGUCACUUGACAGAAAUUUACGCUUGUGGGCUCUGCGCUUCCUCAGGUCUCCGAUAUCCGUCCAGUCUCAGGAGGGAACUGUCACCGGCCUCACUCUCGCUAUUAAUAGAUUAGAGAGCAAUAAAGCUGUGACCACGGGAGAUGAAGAGGAGUUGGCGUGCGACAUGGUGAUCCGCUCCGUGGGGUACAUGGGCACCAAGUUUGACCCCUCGCUCCCUUAUAGAGAAGAUACUGGCACCAUCGACAAUGUCAAUAGCAGAGUCACUGGCUUGCCUGGCGUGUACGCAACAGGCUGGGCAGGAUCAGGCCCCGUAGGAGUGAUAGCAAGCACCAUGACCCAGAGCUUCCAGUGCGCCAAGACGAUAUUGGCUGACCUGCCUGCUCUCCACGUCCUCCCUGGCAAACCUGGCAAGGACGGCAUCCUACCGCUCCUUCAGAGUCGGGGUGUGUUCACUCUUAACCACGGAAGCUAAGAAAUUCAGUGUAUCUGUGUGGAUUCUCAUUGUUGAAAUUUGACUUUAUUUCUGGGUUAAGUGGAACAGAAGCGUAUUGCUUCUACUCAAGCCCUCUACCGCCAUUUGUCACUCUCCGGAAACAUAAUU